AUGGAUCCAGUAUCAAUCAUCACUCUUACCGGCUCGGUCUUUAGUACCGGAAAAGUCAUUACGAGUCUCAUCACAAGUCUCGUCACACUCAAGUCGAAAUAUAAAAACGCCAGCCUUAUAGCCAGUCUUCUGAUUGGACAAUUGACAACUAUCAAAACUGCGUUAAAUGAGGUGUCGGACUGGAUUGCAAAAACCCUUCAAGGAGUUGACAAAAACGAACAACUCAUAAUUAAUCUUGAAAGCUCUCUUGAAAGUUGUCAUGUUUUUUUGUUGAUGUUGGAAGAUCACAUUACUCGGCUGGAUCAAAAUGGUAUUGACCGGCAACUGAAAGGAAAACCUAGAUUACUUUGGAACGAAAGUGAAAUCAAAGAACUCAACAAUUACUUGAAUAGUCAGGUCAAUGCUCUUCAUUUAUUGCUCACGGCGGUACAAAGGCAUGUGCCCGCCAUUUCUAAUACCAAGCAAAGCCUUGCAAUAAAGAUAUGUUGUCUGAACUGUGUUAACAAACAAAACAGCCGAACUUCAUUCGACCGCAAUCAGCUUCUACAGAAACCUGAAAGUCAGAAAGUCUUCAAAAAGGUCGAGGAUGACCGCGCGUCAAUCUCAGUGUUCAGAUCAGAGACGAGUGGUUCCCAUAUUGGUUUCGACUUUGAUAGGGAAAUCGCUACUACGAAUGUGUAUCGAAAUGUUACAACAUCACCAGAGAUGACGAGCAACGGGUCUGAAAACACAUCUUUGCCCUUUUUAAAAAAGAGAACUGGCACUAAGAUGGGUUUGAGCCAAGAUUCGAUGCAGAGGCGACCAAAAUUGUCAUCAGAGCGUACAAGUGAAUGGUGUCUUGGACAGACUGUUUCUAGUGAUUGCAAUACCAACUUACCAAAUUCAAGACCGACAUCAAUAGAUGACAAAUUUUCGAUGAUGAGUAUAUCUAAUGAUGAAUUGUGGUCCACAGCUUUUGAGUGGCAAUCGGAGAAGCAAAAGUCAUCUCCAGAUAUUAUCGACAACCCUUUCCUAGACCAAGACGAAGGCCACACCUAUUUACCAAUUCAUAAUCUACACGAAGACUCUUCAGAUACAUCAACUUUUCACAAGAAUAGUGAAAUUUGUUCCAGUUCAUACCAAUCUCUUCAAAUUCUCCAUUAUAUUCUUCUAUCGGGGUGUAGUAAUAGUGGAAAAGCCACCGUCACAGAUUCCAUUGAAUUUCUUUCUCAGAACAUGACUACGGAUGAAAGUUGGAUUUUUGGAAAGGCCGUCCAAUCAUAUAUUCUACGUUGCAUUCUGCAUACGGUUUGGGAGAUGAGAAAAUGCAAUGUCUCCUCUCAUUGGGCUGAGAAAUAUGGGUUAUACAAUAAUGGUGACUUUGAGGACGGGCCACUUGUUUCGCAUGAUGUUUGGUCAUAUAAAGGGUCGCGAUAUGAUCAUACACCAGAGACGAUUCGUUGUUUGGCUAAGGACUCGUGGGGGGACCAAGGAUUUCGAAAGACUUUUGAUGCUUGGUCAAGCAAAAACUCGAGAAUAAAAGCCGCUGAAAGUUAUUUUCGCUCUGGACACCGCAUUUGGAGCUCUAGUUAUGUCCCGACGAGAGAAGACCUUCUCCUGCUAUUUAGCAGAGCUAAAAACAUGGACAUUAUGUGGAGAGAUAGAAUUGUCAAAGUCUAUGAUUAUGGUGGAUUCGGAGACCACCAUCUAUGGAAAAAAAGGGAGGAUGUUAGAGUGGUGAUAGGACCAAAAACAAUUCUCUACACGAUUUCAAUGAUGAGUUCUGAGUUUCUGAAGGAUGCAGAUACCUGCCAACCGUUUGUGGACUUGGUACACUUUGAAGCAGCCUGUAAACCUCGGUACUGGACGAUUCCGACGUGUGUAAUACUCUUCACACAUCUCGAUGAGUUUAUGACGAGCUUAGAAUCACUUACAAUAAAUCGAAAGGAUUUCAAACAAUAUUUUCGGCGAUUCUGGGGUAAACACAAAGAUGUUUGGGAGGUUAAAUCUAUUGUUGAAGACAAUAUUCGGAAGGUCGCGAGUCAACAGGAUCGAAAUGUCAUCGUUUUGUUUGAGAACUCAAUUGACUCAAAGGGGGAAACCACCGAUACGGUCCUGGAUUUCAUGUUCCAAAAUUCACCAAACGGAAGGAUGAAUAACGAACUUAUUUUGGCUCCGAAUUGCUUAUGA